CCGAUUUAUUUUAAAAAAUUCCGGCAACGCCGAACCGCCUGUAAACAAGUCUUCUUGGUGAAAUGAAGUUUUGAUUUUAAUUAUUUUGCUUUCAAAAUGGAUUCAUCUCAAAGUCAAUCUCAGAUGUCAAUAGAAGAGUCUGAAGAGGGGCUGCGCAUCAUAAGUCUUCAGAAUUUAAUUGAAAGAAACAUUGAGAUAGAGCAACAAAUUGAAAAGCAAACGAUUGACGAAUCUAUAACGGCGAUCGAGAGCAUUAUUAGCAAAGCAAAUGAUAUUGUCAAAGGGCACGAAGAGCGCCGCACAAAUUCUACGGAGCUUGUUCUGGACACCGAACUACUGCGACGUAAUCAUGAGGUGGUUGGAAAGGCCAUUGAGUACAAUACGAACUUCACGGAUAGAAUGAUGGUCGCUGCCAUUGAAAAUUUAGUUUUUAAAGAAAACGAGGAGGACUGGGACGCCAUUUGCUCCCUUGCCGUUCAAUUCGGAACUCCGCACUUCACAAACGACAGUAUGCUUCCCUUCAUAGAUGUUGCUCCAAAAGAGCACAUUCCCAAGCAGCGGGCCCAGCGAAAGCCCAAAUCGCAAGUUGAGGAAAAGCGGCCGAAAAAAAGUGACAAGCUGGAAAGGAAGGACGAAGGCGCAGCUUCCGUCUCUCACAUGCUUAAGCAGAUUAGACAAAUAUAUCGAGAAGGAGGAAGUCACCCUAUACCAUAUUUUAAAUUGAUUUGCAAUCCAGAUCAUUUCAUGGAUACAGUUCAAAAUGCUUUACAAGUUUCUUUUCUUGUUAAGGAAAAUUAUAUUGCUGUUGAAAAUGGUGAUGAUGGGUUACCUCUAGUUCGAGUUGUCGCGAAUCCAAAGGCACCUGGACAAGCUGAGCCAGCUCAGGCCAUUUGUUCCAUCGAUGUUGCCUACUGUAAUAAAAUGGCACAGCACUAUAACAUAAGUCAACCGAUGUUAAAAAAACUACAUGUUCCUGAUAGUUAGAUUUAAAUUAUAGAUGUUUAAGGAGUAAUAUUUGUAACUUACUGAAGAAACCUAAUAAAAAAUACAGUAUUUUUGUUAUGAGGUGCA